UAUUAUAUAAACAUAUUAGGAUACAUAUUUGUAUUUAUUGAAAUGCGAAACGUAUAUAAUAACCACAUGUCGUUUUUAUCAACACUAUAUCUGACGACACUUUAUUGACGAAAGAUCAUGUGUCGAACAAUGAUAAUUAUAAAAAGAUGUUGGCUCACUGGAGUUUUAAGGCUGUUACCUCAUAACACGUAUUUCAACCACAAGCUAUUAAAUUAUACAGCUGAGAAUUUUAGGCCAUAUAUGAAUGUUCAUGUUUUUUCUACAAUACAGUGCAACAAAUACAAGUAUGAAGUGAGUCCAAAUAUACAGAGUAAUAUUUGUUCUUUGUUAAGGAUAGAAAAUAUAUCGACUCAUGUCAAGUUAGUAAGUUUACAACAAAAUAGAUGUUUAAGCAUCGCCACAAAGCUAGUCAAUAAUGCUUCGCCCAAAGUGCAACCAUAUAUGAAGCUUAUGAGGAUAGACAAACCGACAGGAAGCUGGCUGUUAUUUUGGCCUUGUGGAUGGAGUAUUGCAAUGGCUGCUCCUGCCAGUGCCUUACCAAAUUUCUAUAUGUUAACACUUUUUGGUAUGGGUGCAUUUGUAAUGCGUGGUGCAGGAUGUACUAUAAAUGAUAUGUGGGAUCAGGAUAUCGACAAAAUGGUAGUGAGAACACAGGAUAGACCUUUGGUAACUGGCCAAAUAACGCCAAAACAAUCGUUAAUAUUUUUAGCUGGACAAUUGAGUCUGGGAUUGCUAAUAUUAUUACAAUUAAAUUGGUACAGCAUAUUUCUCGGUGCUAGUUCAUUAGGUUUAGUAAUAAUUUAUCCUCUCAUGAAACGAAUAACGUACUGGCCACAAUUAAUUUUAGGAAUGACUUUUAAUUGGGGCGCCUUAUUAGGAUGGUCAGCUAUACACGGAUCAUGUAAUUGGUCAAUUUGUAUGCCACUUUAUAUAGCUGGUGUUUGUUGGACUAUUCUAUAUGAUACAAUAUAUGCUCAUCAAGAUAGAAUAGAUGAUAUUCAAUUAGGUAUGAAAUCAACCGCCAUAAAAUUUGGAAAAAAUACAAAAUUUUAUUUGUCUGGUUUUGGAAUAGUAAUGAUUGCUAGUUUAAUUACCUCUGGUAUAAUGAGUACUCAAACUUGGCCUUAUUAUACUGCCAUUGGAUUAAUUGCAGCACAUAUUAAUAACCAGAUAUAUACUUUAAACAUUAACAAUCCUACGGAUUGUGCCAAAAAAUUCAUAUCUAAUCAGAAAAUAGGCAUGAUAUUAUUCACUGGGAUUGUGUUAGGGAACUUAAUAAAAAAAUCAGUACUAGAAAAAGAGAAUAAAGUCAAAGAAACAGAACAAUAAAAGCAUCAAGAUAUUGUACUA